AGUUAGUGUUAAGUAAUGCAUGCUGUGGUUCUUGAAUCCUGCUUUGUCGGCUUUGAGGAUUGUUCUCCGGGAUGCUGAUAGAUUCGAUACGUGCACAAAAAUGAAAAUUCUGCUAAUUCCGCUCAUCGUUUCUUUGCUGCACUUGGUAGUGACACUCCUUGUGGGGAUCCGUUAUGAAAACCCUUGUCAUGGAAGUUUGGUCUGUAAUGAUAAUGUAGUAUCGGUGAAGGUGGAGGUGAAUAGUAGUGCUGCAGUGGCUACCGUAGAUGAGCACUUUCUUUGUGCUACCCUGGACUGGUGGCCGCCUGAGAAAUGCGACUACGGAACUUGCGCAUGGGGGAACACUUCCUUGCUCAACGUGGACCUUUCUAAUCAUUUGUUUGAAGUAGCUCUUCGAGAUUUGUCACCUCUGCGAAUACGCCUGGGAGGAAGUCUGCAAGACCAAGUGGUGUAUGACAUAGGCGACCUACAAGUGGAGUGCCGCCCUUUCGAAUACAAUGCCUCUCACAUGUUCAACUUCCAAGGGGGCUGUCUCAGUAUGGAACGCUGGACGGCGCUACUCACUCUGUUCAACAAAACAAGCACCAAGGUAGCGUUCGGACUGAACGCCCUCUACAACCGCCCCAAAUUAGCAUCAGGCGCUUGGGGGCCUUGGGACCCUUCUAAUGCCCACGACUUCAUCCAGUACACCAUCGCCCAAGGAUUUCAAGUAGACGCUUGGCAGCUCGGUAAUGAGCUAAGUGGGAGCGGGGUGCGCACUAGUGUCCCAGCACUCCAAUAUGCUGAAGACGUGACAAAGCUCAGAGACAUUGUAGCCGUGCUUCAUGCAAAUACUGCGAAGCCACUGGUGAUAGCACCAGAUGGAUUUUUUGACUAUUCGUGGUGGGAGGCGUUUCUGAAGGCUGCUGGGCCAGGAUCUGUCAAUUUCACCACACGGCAUAUCUAUAACCUAGGCCCAGGUGUUAGCCAAGAUCUGGUGGAAAAAAUAUUGAACCCUCAAUACUUAGAUGGCGAGAAGAGAACGUUUGGUUCGGUGAACGAAUUGCUGCAACGAGUGGCUCCAUCGACUGGGGCAUGGAUUGGGGAAGCAGGGGGAGCCUAUAACAGCGGUCGCCAUCUUGUGACGGAUGCAUUUGCGUUCAGUUUUUGGUAUUUGGACCAGUUGGGGAUGGCUGCAUCAUUGAACAAUAAGGUCUACUGCCGCCAAAGUUUUAUUGGUGGGAAUUACGGUCUUCUCAACAAAACGUAUCAACCGAAUCCUGAUUAUUUCAGUGCUCUUCUCUGGAAUCGAUUGAUGGGUACGCAAGUGUUGAUGGCCAAGAGUGGUGACAACGCUUCGCAUCUACGCGUUUAUGCUCAUUGCACAAGGGAUAGCAAUGCACAGGGAGGAGUUACAGUUUUGCUUAUUAAUUUAAGCAACACAACCACGUACGAGGUGGAGGUCUCGCUCACAGCACGAACAGUGACACAGUACAUGAAAGAAACAUUUGAAGGUUUAGUUUCUAUUUUUACACCAUCAAGUGAGCGAUUGGAGUACCAUCUUACAGCUCCUGCGAACGAUCUCCACAGCCAAAAUAUGCUACUUAAUGGGAAGUUGUUACAGCGAUCAUUAACUGGUCAGGCUCCAGAAUUGACACCGCUCAAGGUAGGUAGCCAGACACCUAUAAACGUGUCACCUUUAUCCAUUACAAUUGCUGUUAUACAGAAUGCAGGCCUACGUUUCUGUAAAACUUUACCAGCACCAUUUUCCAAUUAAUGAGGUUAUUAACUACAGUGGAACUAGUGAGUAAGGUGCUGAGUAAAUAGAACCAUACAGAGAGGAGGAUACCUGGAAAAUCAUUAAAAAGUCAGUACCUCUGAGUGAUACAUAGUUCAGAUAAUUCGACCAGCCAUGUGUAAACUCGCAACCAUACGAAAUUUAUGCUCAUAAUGCACUACAUGUACACAACCAAA